GGUGGAGAGGAGCUCCGACAGUAUAAAAGCCUUCAGUCUGAAGAUGCUGUCAGCAACACAGGAAGAGCAGGUUGCAUCAUGUCAGACUUCUGGCUGAACAUGACCCCAUUCUUUCAUUUAAUAUUUUUCCUGCUUGGAAAAACAAUGUAAUGCCAGUGGAGACGCUCAGAAAUCACUCGGAUAAAAUACGCAACUCCCUCGGAGACUUUGAACUCUAGACAGACUACAGGACAUCAGCGAUGAUGAUUUUUGCAUCCCCAACUGCGCACCGACACUCUGGGAGUUAAGCCGAAAGAAAAUUUGUGGAACUUUUUUUAAAACUCGCCCUUUCCUCUGUCGAGUCAUGCAGAGCAACAGCAGCGGCUCCGGACCCCCGACCCCUCUGAGCGUGUGCGUUGGAGAAGAGGAUGAGCGCGAACUCUCCAAACUAGUCAGCCGCUCGGGCGCAGCCUCCAACCUGGCAACGUUUAACCUUUCACUGAACUGCUGGCUCCACAUCCUGACCGAGGAGUCCUCGUUGGACAUGCACGGAGACAGCCCGAGCCUGGCAGUGCGAGUUCUCAUUGCCCUUGUGUACCUGGCAGUCUGCAUCCUGGGGCUUGUGGGUAACCUCCUGGCACUCUUCUUGCUUCGCUCCCGCCGCAGGGGCCACCACCACUCUUCAGUCGACUGCUUCGUGAUGAGCCUGGCUCUGACAGACCUCCAGUUCGUCCUCACCUUGCCCUUCUGGGCCGUGGACACGGUGCUGGACUUCCGCUGGCCCUUUGGUUGGGUUAUGUGUAAGAUUGUGAGCUCAGUCACUGUCCUCAACAUGUAUGCCAGUGUCUUCUUACUCACUGCUAUGAGCGUCACCCGCUACCGCUCCCUGAUUACCUCCCUGAAGAUGGACAGCCCCAGGAUCGCUGCUGCUCGGGCCAGGUGGGCCAGUUUAGCCGUUUGGGUGAUGUCACUGGUGGCGACACUGCCUCAUGCUUUCUACUCCACCACAGUCCAGAUAUCUGCUGAUGACGAGCUCUGCAUAGUGCGGUUCUCAGGCCACUGGGAUCCCCAAGUGCUGCUUGGACUCUAUCAAACACAGAAAGUCCUGAUGGGGUUUGUAGUUCCCUUGAUUGUCAUCUCUGUGUGCUACCUCCUCCUUCUGAGGUUCAUCCUGAGCCGGCACGUUGUAGGCAGUGUGGUCAGUGAGGGUCUCACAGAGGGGUCGGAGUACGAGAGGGGUCGCCAACGCCGCCGCUCCAAAAUCACUCGCUCUGUCACCAUUGUAGUUCUGUCCUUUUUCAUCUGCUGGCUGCCCAACCAGGCUCUCACCUUGUGGGGAGUGCUGAUCAAAUUUGACAUGGUGCCCUUCAGUAAAGCCUUCUACAAUGCCCAGGCCUAUGCCUUCCCCCUGACUGUGUGUCUAGCUCAUGCAAACAGCUGCCUCAACCCUGUGCUCUACUGUCUGAUCCGAAAAGAGUACAGAGCUGGACUGAAAGAGCUUCUGCUAAGAGUGUCUCGCUCCGUCCAAAAUGUUCUCAGCCUCGCUCUGAAAGGGAGAAGAGUGGAGGAAGCACCGUCCAGUCUGGUCAUGACAGAGAAAGACGUGAACAUAGGUGGACAUGGAGGGUUGGAUGAAGAGUAAGACCUCUCAUGUGCAUGGAGUAUGGUGGACAGGAGAAACCAAAAUCAGACUGAAUAGACGAGAAAACCAA